AUGUCCCUCAACAAAAAAUACCUUUACUAUCUCUCUGAGUAUCCGCUUCUUACUAAAUCAGCUACUGCUGGAACAUUUGCUGCUCUCAACGAAAUUUUAGCUAGCGUUAUUGCCAGAGACUUUCGAAAAACCACUAUACAAAUAUGUGGGGAAAAACGGGAAGUUCGCCAUGUUUUGAGUCCCAAAAUCUUGCUGAUGGUGGUUUACGGUUCUAUGAUCGCCACGCCAAUCUCACAUCAACUUUAUAAGAUACUCAACCGUGUCUUUAGAGGUAAAUUGUCCGCUCCAAUGAAGGUCUUACAAGUUUUAGCUUCUCUUUGCACGAUUUCACCCAUUUUGUCUGCUGCAUACGUUUCAUGGCUAUCUUUGAUCAAUGGAUACCGGCCGGAGUCGAGAAACUUGCGUCAAGAGUUGCUUCGUAUGGCUCAUGUGGUUCGGUCAGGCCUUAAGAAAGGUUUCUGGGCCAUUUACAAGUCUUCUGCACAAACAUCAGUGGUGGCGAUUACAGUUGCACAAAACUUUCUUCCGCCAACUCUUUGGGUCUCUUUCUUUACGUUGGUGUACUUUGUGGUGGGCACCGUGCAAAAUACUCGAUUCAAGUUGAAGCAGAGAGAACAAGAACAGUCGCAAAAGAAGGACUAG